GGAAGUUCCGGUAAAGUUCGAUGGCGCUUAAUUCUCGCAAAUGUUGGAUCUUCCUUCUUCGCUUCAGCAACUGCUAACCAAUCCUCCUUCUCCUUUCUUCCGUUUUCUUCUCUUUUCUUCGAUCCUCUCUUUUUUUUUUUCCUCCUCUCUCAGAUUCGAUUCUCCGACCUUCCUCAGUUCAAAAUGUUCAACGUGAAGGUCCUACACGUGAAGUUUUGAGCUGGCUGUUUUAGCUUUUGUGCUGUUGGCCAUAAUUGAUGCAGCUUAUUUAGAAAACAUAGUGCAAAUAUAUUAUUUUGAUUCUUGAUUGUUUGGCUUACUUGGUGGAUGUUGUGUAUGUUUUUGUCGCGUCUUCUCGGAUUUGUGACUAUCGGGUGAUCGUUCUUUCUGUAUGUGCCUUGUUUAAUGGCAGGUCAGAGUCAGAGAUUCAUCUCACCAAACUCAUAAGCUUUGUUUGAGAGAGGGUUAAUUAUGUCAGAUAGAUGGGCUCGACAGAACGCGGAACCUGCAGCUGUUUUGGCUGAGAGAAGAAAUGUGAAUAAAAAUGUUUCACUUCAGACUGGUGAAGAGUUUUCAAUGGAGUUUCUUAAGGAUCAUACUCCUGUUCAAUCUCCUAUCGUUUCAGGGAAGACUCAUAAUGAUGUGCAUAGAUUUGGGGAUCUUUACUAUCAGAAUCAAACACCGGGGUAUGACAGUGCUGCUCGGUUUCAUGAACUGAGGAGGAUAGAAUCUGAAUGCCCUUCUGAUGCAUAUGAUUUUGGACGAGAUCCGAGGAGUUCUAUACGAGUUGAGAAUGGUGGUUAUAUGCCUCAUUUUAAUGCUUACCACAAUGUAGGUGGUGAGAAAGAAGUUAUAACUAGGAAAGCUUUUGGUGAAAUAAAUUCUAAUCGAGGAGAUGUCACGGGGAGGUCUGCGCCUUGUGUGUUCUUACCAGAGCGUGUUCAGUCCAACAACUAUACCGGAGGAGGAGGAGAUUUCGAUAGAUUAGGAAAAGUAAAGUUUCUUUGCAGCUUUGGUGGGAGAAUUAUGCCAAGAUCCACUGAUGAAAAACUAAAAUAUGUAGGUGGAGAGACGCAUAUUAUUUCGAUUCGCAAGAACCUUUCAUGGGAAGAACUCAAGAAGAAGACCUCAGCUAUAUGCCAACAGUUGCAUUCAAUCAAGUAUCAGCUUCCAGGGGAUGAGCUUGACUCACUAAUAUCGGUAUCUUCGGAUGAGGAUCUUCAGAAUAUGAUUGAAGAGUACAAUGGACUAGAAAGGCUCGAAGGUUCACAAAGGCCGCGAUUGUUCCUUAUUCCUAUAGGGGAGCCUGAAAAAAAGGUUCAGCAGAACAUUCCUGAUUGCCAAUAUGCUGCAGCUUUAAAUUGUAAUGCUGAUCCUAAUCCUAGGAACAUUGCUGGUGGUCAGGCUUUGGUUGGUGAUACACGUUAUCAUGUAAACAAUUUGGAUCGAAAUCCGAGUUCCUGUAAACGAACACCGGGUCAGAUGCUCCGACUAGACACUACUGCUAUGCGUCCGAAUCCACUUUUCAAUGGAGUUCAAUAUAACAUGUCUUCAUAUCCAUCACCUCCUGUUUCUCCUUCACCAUUCCAGCAUAGGGAUUCAAAUGGUGCAUACUCACAGUUCCAUGGAAACAACUCCAGCUCCGAGAGCAAUAAUUCCUUCACUCCAGCUCAACAAGACACGUCUAUCUUCGAGGUGAUUGAUUCCAAAUAUCAUCAACAGCGACCACUACCUUCAGUAAACUAUCAGUCUAACAAGCAGGAGGCAGCUGAGAACCUAUAUGGUAUUCAGUUCCAAAGUGGCUUCAAUGAAAAACUUGUGACUCCCAAUCCUGGUCAUGUUGAUAAUCUUUGCUUUAACCCUGAGAGGUCUGCGAAUAGCGGAAGGGUCUACUACGAUAAAGUGAGUAUGCCCGAGGAAUCUAAGGUCUCCUUUUCUGGGUCUACAAAUUCAAAUGACUCUUACUUGGGAAUCCCGCACUCGUACUCAGACUCUACAUUGGAGCUAAAUGGUGGACACUCUAGCUACUUUUCACAAGAGAGACAACAAAGCCCAUCUUCAACAUUGAACUUUACAAAGAAACAAACACAAGAAAAGCCAGUGCAGGUGCAUAGGAAUAAUGAUCUAGCUGACCGUCGUACGCAAAGUGAUAUACUCGAUAUGAAGUCCACUGAGGGAGGAGAGACUAUGUUUAAAUUUUCCCCAAGUCCACGAGGACCAAGACUAUCCGGUGAAAACAAGACAUUGCAUAUAGACAUCUCUGCUGCAGGCAAUCAUUAUGAUGAGAUUUAUCUAAAUCAGGAAACCAAGAAUCAAGGAGGGAACAGUGACACCAUUUUUCAUCUAGGAGGGAAAGUGCUGGGGACGAGAGCAACGCCUACUGACAUGGACCCCAAGAUAUUACCUACAUAUGGAAACCAAACCUCAGUGGUUGUUGAUCCAUGGAAGAAGAUAAAUCAAGAUAAUGAGCGUUUGAUGGCUGGAACCUUAUCCGCUAAUCUAAUUUCUUUGGAGGAAGGCAUUGCAGCUAAUACCCCAAAUGAAGAACCAGAAUCUCGUGCUGCCCGGGAAAGAAAUAUGGAAGUUUCAGGGAUCUUUUUAAAUAAGAGAGCAGUCUCCGAUGAGAAUUUCUUGUUCAGCAUCGCCUCUGAAUCACCAAACAGCAAGAUUGUUCAUGAGACACAAAAGAAUAGGACAGAAAGGGAAGGUGGUUUAGGCCAUGUUAGAAUCCCAAGCAUGGAUUUGAAUCAGCCAGCGCCAUCAACAGCGAGUGAAACUUACAGUUUGAAGACACCAAGAGAAGAUUCACCACAAAGCAUUCCACACGCAAAGAUUAACAGUGGUGAUACAAUAUUCCUUUCUGAGGAAGCUGAAGCUAAUAUCGGCGAGAAGGAGAACAGUUUCAAAGACACACUCUUUGUUGAAAUGGAAGCCAGUGUUUAUGGCUUGCAGAUAAUAAAGAACGCUGAUCUUGAAGACCUAACAGAACUGGGAUCCGGGACAUAUGGAACUGUCUAUCAUGGAACAUGGCGGGGAACGGAUGUUGCUAUAAAGAGAAUAAGAAACAGCUGUUUUGCGGGGAGAUCAUCUGAACAAGAACGCUUGACGAAAGAUUUCUGGAGGGAAGCACAAAUACUAUCAAAUCUUCAUCACCCAAAUGUUGUUGCAUUCUACGGUAUAGUGCCUGAUGGAACUGGAGGAACCUUGGCAACUGUUACAGAGUUCAUGGUGAAUGGGUCACUCAGGCAUGCUCUUCUCAAAAAGGACAGGUUGCUUGACACUCGAAAAAAGAUAAUAAUUGCAAUGGAUGCUGCUUUUGGCAUGGAGUAUUUGCACUCGAAGAACAUUGUCCACUUUGAUCUCAAAUGUGAAAACUUACUUGUCAAUUUAAGGGAUCCACAACGGCCUAUAUGCAAGGUGGGAGAUCUUGGCUUAUCUAGAAUAAAACGUAACACUUUAGUAUCUGGGGGAGUGAGAGGAACACUUCCAUGGAUGGCCCCAGAACUCUUGAACGGAAGCAGCACCCGGGUUUCUGAGAAAGUCGAUGUUUUUUCAUAUGGAAUCUCACUGUGGGAGAUUCUAACCGGAGAGGAACCUUAUGCAGAUAUGCAUUGUGGAGCAAUCAUUGGCGGGAUAGUGAAGAACACACUUCGACCUCCCAUACCGAAAAGCUGUUCUCCAGAAUGGAAAAAGCUGAUGGAACAAUGCUGGUCUGUAGACCCGGAUUCCCGUCCUCCAUUCACCGAAAUAACAUGCCGACUUCGGUCCAUGUCAAUGGAAAUCGUAACUAAAAGCAAAAGAAGAGAAAAUAAACCCUGACUUCAAACAUCAGAAAUCAAGAAAGACGGGUCAGUUCA